AUGUCAAAUCAAAACGCUCUCAAAACCUUCAUCGUUCACGGCGACAAGAAGGAGCGUGGCCUUAUGCGUCGUCGUCCCUUCCUCGCAGCGGGUAAAAGAUUCCCUGCGUUACCGUUUGCCAUCUACUAUCGUGAAGACCGGUUCCUCCCUGCCCUUCAGCGCAUCAAUCAGUUCAUCGACGGCAUUUUGGAGCAGAAGGACCACUGGACGGACGUUACACAUCUCAAUAGCCACCCCCUUCGCCUCGCCCGCUGGCUCAGUCGUCGAAUCAACAAACUUCCGGCCGAUUGGUUCCCGGAGUGGCAGGACUUCUAUCCGGUUACAUUAGGGAGGAAUAUUGGGAUUUAUUUGGAUUGGGACGACUGUGCUGAAACGGUUAACGGUCGCGAAUGGCGGCGGUUUGAACAUGUCGACAGCAUUGGCGAUGCCAUGGUGUUCAUGAUCACCAAGGGCCAAUACACAACCAUGGAGGGCGUUCUGAAGACCUCCGACGCAAUGCCUGCGGCUCGAACACCUCGCCUCCUCGCGACACCACUUCCUCGCUCACUCGCAACUCCACUUCCCAGCUCGCUCGUGCCUUCAACGCCUCGCACGCCCGCAGCUCCUGCGCCUCCUACGCCUCGCUCCUCUGUACCUUCAACGUCCGGCGUGUCCGUAGUCUCGCUGCGUGCCGAUAUACCCGUCCCCUCCCUUGUUCCCAACUUCCCCGGCGCCUUGGUCCAUCCUCAGCGUCCAGCCACAGCUUUCCCUCCCGCCCCUGCCCCUCCUAUCCCGGCUGCUGCACGACAACCACGAGCCUCCGACGACUUGGAUGCAUCUCUCGCCAACCUACACGUCAGCUCUUCUGCUUCGUCCACCACCUCGUCUCCCACCUCGUCCACCACCUUGUCCACCACCUCGUCCUUAUCCUCCGGUCCUGCACCUGUGUUCGGCACUCUUCUGCAGAUGCCCACCACUGCUGAGGAGCCCAUCCUGUACUCGCACGUCCGGACGUUGAGGGGCAUCGUCGGACAUGUUAUGUUUCCCGAGGAGCUUCCCGUCGAUGGCUAUCCGCCGAGCGGGCUCUUGGCCCCUGCCGCCGAAGAAUACUUGCUGGCUCACGGUUACGACGCUGCCUCUGUGUGGGGCAUUCACCACGCCUUUAGGGCCCGGUCUCUGCCCUCAUUCAUGGAGUUCGUGUGCCGGCGAGGUCUGCCGCAGCUGGAGGCAAUGGUCAUUACUGAACUCCGCCCGACACUAACAUUUAUAAAACGGUGUUUGUUUUUCUUUUUUUUCUCCGUUGCUGACGUCCGUCUACUCUUUCCGAUGCCCUCCGCCGCCACUCCCGUCACUGGUGACCGUUACAUCAAGGGCUACCAGCCCUCCAUCCGUCGUCCUCAUCGCCAUCGAGCUCCUCACAAGAAGAUAGAGCGAACACCUGCCGACAAAGCCGCCGAGAAGGAGCGUCGUGCCGAGAACAGUGCAAGGUAUAAAGACAUGCUGUCGGCCGCGCAGGACGCUGUCUGGGAGCAUGCUGUUGAGCUCCAAGCCGCGUUCCCGAACCAUUCGACUGAACAUUACUUUGAGGCCAUCAUGCAGAUGCCAAAGUACCGUCAGCAGGAGCUCAAGUCCGUCAGCAAGUGGAAUGCGUACGUCUUUGUCGAGACGGAAAAGUACAACGAAGCACUUCCCUCUGGCCAGCCUCGGGCCAAGGCUACCGAAUAUCAGAAAACCCUCGCGCCCAUUUGGCGGGACAUGCCGCUUGAAGAGAGGGACCUAGCUGUUGGCGACCGGGUCCAAGUCCUCACCGAGAAGCGGGCGAACAAGGCGACAGGUACCCAUAGCAUUGCCAUUGCCGCGUGCCACGACGCGAGCAAGACGUUGGACAUGCUCGCUUCCGAGUUCUCAAAGCUCGCUCCGCGGUGCGGCGUGCGAGGUAUCAUCGUCGCAGUGCGCAGCGAUGCCGACCACCUGAACAAGCCGAUGACGUACGCGACCGACGAGCAGACGCUCGAGUAUUUUGAAGUCAUCACAAAGUCUAACCUUACUACCUUCGGCCGACGACUUGAAGCUUGCCAUGUAUCCGGCCUCGUCAACAACUACAGGCAGACGCUGCUGCUCCUCAAGAAGGACAUCGCGAGUUACAUCCACGGAAAGCUCAUUGACGCCGCUGAGUGCCCCGUGCCGAGGAUGUAUUACGUGAACUUUGACACCCUUGUCACCGCGAAGUACGGGGUUCUCAUCCUCAACUGGCCCCUCCGUCAGCUCCAGUGCCCCUCCGACAUCAAUACCACCGCCGAGCUGCAAGUCCUCAUCAACUCGUGGAAGAAUGGCACUACAAAGUUCUACAAGAUGACGCCGGCGGAGUGGGCUGAGUGGGAAGAGAAGCGGUUCGAGAGCCGAAUGGCCGAGAUGGAGGAUGCACCGGAGCAAGUAAGCGAGCCUGUCGCCGGCGUCGAGCAGGCGCCUGUACCAUCGGAUAGCCAAGAAGCUACCAUGAUCACGCAGCGUAACAACCAACCUGCGCCGCAGUCCGCAGCUCCCGCCGAAGUCUUUACGGUCCGGCAGUUCAUGCCCGCGACCACGCCCAACGCCGGGAUUAGCGGUGUUGGCUCCUCCGACAACUUCAUGAACGCGGUGAUUGGCCCCAACAAUGUUUUGAUCACUACAAAACAGCGCAAGCCACGCAAGGAUAAGGGGACAAAGCGAGGCUCGAAGACCGCUGCUACUCUUUCUUUACUUGAUGGACUUGGCAUGAGACUCCUAGCUCAUGCAGUAACCUCUGUGACGCGGAGCGCCGGGUAUGAAAAACGAGGCGCCAAGCACCCGCGCGGACUCUGUAUGCUGCGGAGCGCCAAGGAGCAAGAGAAAGCGCUUUACAGCCGCUUAAGGCUCGCCACCAAUCAGGCACCCGAGUACACGUGUCCGCACAACAAGCGCGAAGGGAAGGGAGGGUGGCGAGACCACACUGGGCGAGGUCGAGGGCAAUGGGUGGAUAACCGCGGGAUGACUGAGGACUUGAAGUGGCCGACAAAGAGGCGAGAGGCGAAAGGCAAAUGGGACGAAGGGAGGAUGGCGGUUCCGAGUGACUGUUUGGGCGGUUGGCAACAGCGUGCGUGGCUGCAAGGGAGCCGGGAGGCGGUGCGCAGAGGAGCGGGGCACGGGGGAGACAAAGAGCGGGAGGCGUAA